AUGGACUCACUUUCAAAUGAUAUACAUUCAUCUCUUUCUCUUACUGAUGAGGAAAGAUCUGUGUUUUGUAUACCUGAAUAUAACCCUCCCCUACCCGAUCAUUCCACCCAGCCCAUCCUCUUAGCCAAGGUUCUCACUCACCAGAAUGUGUAUAAGCAAGCCUUUAUCGACCAAAUGUCGGGACAUUGGCAAGGCUGUUACCGUGUUGUAAUCACUGAAUAUCAGGAAGGAGAUGGCCUAUUUCAUAUAAAGUUUGGUUGUGAAGGCAAUAAAAGACGGGUUCUCACCAAAGAGCCUUGGCACUUUCAGAAUCAUCUCAUUGUUCUCCGCACGCCAGAUGCUCUGCAAAAUGUCUCAAAGGAUGAUUUAGUUUUCACACCCUUCUGGGUACAAAUCUAUCGGCUGCCAUUCUUAAGCAAGUCUAAAUUGCUUGCUGAAGCACUUGGCAAUAUCAUUGGUGAGUUUCUUGAAGUAUUUGAUGAUUCCACCAAUGAAGGGUGGGGUCAUUUCUUACGAGUUCGUGUUAAUCUUUGCACGAACAAACCAUUAUUGAGAGGCCAAAUGAUUCGGGUGCCAAGGAUUAAAGAUGAGUUUCGGGUCGACUUCCGCUACGAAAGGCUUCCGGAAUUCUGUUUUGAAUGUGGCCGGUUGGGACAUCCUUUUGAGCGCUGUGUUGCUUUUAUAGAACGUAUGGACAGCGGCAAUGAUGACGAUUUUCAAUAUGGACCAUGGAUGAAAGGUGCUAAACUCCCUACUCACAACUAUGACCGAUAUCUGACAGAUUUUGCAAAAGGCAAUGCUUGGCCACUAAUUACCCGUUUGGCUCGAACUACACUUACUUCCACUUUACCAUCUCUGAAAAACUGA